UAUCGGGACCGCGCUGACGUAUUUUGUUUUCUAUUGUUAUGGAUAAUGAAAAGCUCAUACAAAUCGUGAAAAAAUACAAAUACCUUUAUGAUUUAAAUAAUAAGAAUUACAGUGACAAUCAGAAAAAGGAACAGGCGUGGAACGAAAUAGGAAUAAAACUUCAAAGGAACGCAAGAGAAUGUAAAAAAGCAUGGGCACUGCUGCGGGAUGCUUACAGGCGUUCUGUAAGGAAAAGGAGAGAUAGUGAAAGUGGGAUGGCUAGUGUUCCCAAAAAGAAAUGGAAGUAUGAAGAUAAAAUGUCUUUUUUGUUACCACACAUGAAGGAAAGGCCUACUUCAUGUCAAAUUUCAGAAGCACCAUCUUUUGAUUGUGUUGACAACGUUUACGAAGAAGGGGAUAUUGCUAAUACACUGAAAGUGGAACUUUGGGAAGAAAGUGAUACGCUGCUAUCUACACCAGAGGUUACUCAACAAUCUGAUGGUACACUGCCAGCAUCAUCACCGUCGCCAACUCAAUACCCUCAGACAAAGCCUAAAGGAGACGAAAGACCUGAUGAUAUACCUAGCGCUUUACCAAUGAAGUAUUUAAUAGACUUUAUGAAAAAUUCUCCACCGCUCGAUGAUAUUGAACAAUUUAUGGCUGGGAUUGUCAGCACUGUGCGAUCUUUUCCACCAAAAGACAGAGUUAUAGCAAAAGCCAAAAUAUUUGAAGUAGUCUCGAAUUUGGAAUUAGAAAUACUGAGCAGGCCGUCCACAAGUAAUUGAUCUUUCCAGUUAUUUUUUUUUCUAAGUAGAAAUAUUAAAUGUAACUUUGCGGACAACAAUUUUUAUGAUUCUUUCCUUAUGCGUUAUUAAGUUGUAACAUUUGCCAAUUGUAUCAGAUUGUUUUAACCAUUCCUUCACGAGUGUACCUAAUAUGAAUUUACAAAAACCAAUUGAGCGAUCUAAUUUUAUUGAAAUUACAUACUCGAAAGCAUCUCGAUAGUGUGUGUGCAUUCGAAUUUACAUAGUAUCGAUCGCCACGUGUACUCCAUUGAUCGAUUUGAUAGUUGUGUGGUGGUAGUGGUGGCGGGGGGAAGGGAGAGGUUCCAUUGAUCGGCGCGGGCGGCCGACCUUGCGCUACGGCGGAACUCUCGGCCGCGUUGUGACGUCAUCGGCUAGUAUUUGAAUAUCGUCACUCGGUGUCGAUGAACCGAGAAGAAUGCAUUGUUAAGAAAACCGACCAAGUGUUACAGGUAAUACGGUGAGUUGUCAGCCUGUCAUCGGGACAAGUAAACACCUAAGCUCAUUAAGACGGUGUGCAGGAGCUAAUAGCAAAUUUUAAAUUGAACUUGAAGAGGUUAAAACAGGAGAAAGGGAAUUUUAACAUAUGCUAUUUGAGAUUUCAAGUUUUGAAUUAA